UCCACCUCGUGCUUGUACGCUUUAACGCACCCCACUUUUGCCCUUAACUGAUCUGGACCGCGGGGUAAAAGUGUCCCAAAAUUUCCCCUUGCGGUCGGUGUCUUUGCGCCGCCUUCGUUCGUUCCGUUCCCCGUCGGUCCAGACGUACGUCCCCUUCUGUGCUGCUAUCGUGUCGUGUCAGAGUGAGUCUCACCCCCCCUUCCUUUCCAACAUUCCGUCCCUCUUCGGGCUAUUGCGACCAUACACGUCCAAAGUGAGUCACAGCCCGGGCCUCUGACACAAUCCGCGAAAUUGUUAUCUUUAGGAACCCUUCAGUCGCAACCGAACACCCCCCCGACGUUCUGUCGACACAUUUCAACAUGGAGCAGGUUACCGAAAAAGUCACCGAGACCCUCAAGAAGGUCGCCAUUGGCGGCGACAAGCCCCAGAAGGAGAAGAAGCAGAAGAAGGAAAAGGGUGCCCCCGCCGCUGGCGGCGAUGCCGGCCCUCUUGAGAUGAACCCUCCUCCUGCCUUUAUCCAGGAGCGUCUCGACCUGUUCGACAAGCUUUACAAGGAGCAGCAGGAGGAGCUGGCCAAGCGCCCCCGCGAUGACAUCCUCAUCACCAUGCCCGACGGCACCACCAAGACCGGCAAGGCCUACGAGACCACCCCCGCCGAGAUCGCAAAGGGCAUUUCCAACAGCCUCUUCAAGCGCACCGUUGUCGCCAGAAUCGACGGAGAGACACUAUGGGAUCUGGAGCGUCCUCUCGAGAAGAGCUGCAAACUGGAACUCCUCGACUUCAACGAUGACCAGGGCAAGUUCGUUUUCUGGCACUCGAGUGCCCAUAUCCUCGGCGAGGCCUGCGAGCGCAGAUUCGGCUGCUCCCUGUGCAUCGGCCCCCCCGUUGACAACGGCUUCUACUACGAAAUGGCUCUUCCCGGCGGUGCCGCUGUCCAGUCUAGCGACUGGGCACCCCUCGAGAACAUCGUCACCAAGAUCGUCAAGGAGAAACAGCCUUUCCAGAGAUUGGAGAUGAGCAAGGAGGAUCUGCUCAAGAUGUUCGCCUACAACCCAUACAAGCAGCACAUCAUCAAGGACAAGAUCCCUGACGGCACCAGAACCACUGUCUACCGUAACGGGCCCCUUAUCGAUCUCUGCCGUGGUCCUCACGUCCCCGACACCAGCAGGAUCGAGGCUUUCGCCAUCAUGAAGAACUCCUCUUCCUACUUCCUUGGUGACGCCAACAACGACUCCCUCCAGCGUAUCUAUGGUGUCUCGUUCCCCGACAAGAAGCAGAUGGCCGCUCACAAGAAGUUCCUUGAGGAGGCUGCCAAGCGCGAUCACCGCCUCAUUGGCAAGCAGCAGGAGCUCUUCUACUUCGAGGAGUGCUCGCCCGGCUCCGCCAUGUGGCUGCCCCACGGUAUGCGCAUCAACAACGCCAUCAUGGAAUACAUCAAGGAGGAGUACUGGAAGCGCGGUUACGACGAGGUCAUGACUCCCAACAUGUUCAACGUCGCUCUUUGGGAGCAGUCCGGCCACUUGGCUCACUACAAGGAUGACAUGUUUAUUCUCGACGUUGACAAGGAGCAGUUCGGUCUGAAGCCCAUGAACUGCCCUGCUCACGCCAUGAUGUUCCGUCACCGUGACCGCAGCCACAAGGAGCUUCCCCUCAGGCUUGCUGAUUUCGGCGUGCUCCACAGAAACGAGGCCAGUGGUGCUCUCUCUGGCCUUACCCGUGUGCGCAGAUUCCAGCAGGAUGACGCUCAUAUCUUCUGCCGUGAGGAUCAGAUCAAGGCCGAGGUUGCCGACCUCUUCGACUUCAUGAAGUCCUUCUACGGCAUGCUUGGCCUCACCUUCAAGCUGAAGCUCUCUACCCGCCCUGAGAAGUACAUGGGUGAAAUUGAGACCUGGGACCGCGCCGAGGCUCGCCUCAAGGAGGCUCUCGAUGAGUUCGUCACUGCUACUGGAGGCUCCUGGGAGCUGAACGAGGGCGAUGGUGCCUUCUACGGCCCCAAGAUCGACAUUGCUGUUCUGGACUGCCUCAACCGCCCCUGGCAGUGCGCCACCAUCCAGCUCGACUUCCAGCAGCCCAUCAACUUCUCUCUCGAGUACAUGACCGCUGAUGCCCAGGUCAAGCAGGAUGAGGACAAGGCCGCCUCCAAGGCUGCCAAGCCUGAAGCUCCCAAGGAGGAGGAGGAGGCCCCUAAGGAGGGCGAGGAGAAGAAGAAGAAGGCUCUUCUUGUCAAGAAGCCCCUUACCGCCGGCUGCGCCCGCCCCGUCAUGAUCCACCGUGCCAUGGCUGGUUCCAUCGAGCGCUUCACUGCCAUUCUUGCCGAGCACUUCGCUGGCAAGUGGCCCUUCUGGAUGUCGCCCCGCCAGGUCAUGGUCAUCCCCGUUGGCAUGGGCUUCCUUGAUUACGCCAAGGAGGUUGCCUUGACCCUCAAGAAGGAGAAGAUCCACGUCGAUGUCGAUAGCAGUGGCAACACCCUCCAGAAGAAGAUUCGUUCUGCCCAGCUUGCUCAGUACAACUUCAUUUUUGUCGUUGGCGACGACGAGAAGACCAACCGCAAGGUCAACAUCCGUUACCGUGACGACACCUCCACCCAGGCCCGUGAUGUGCCCUACUCUCUCGAGGAGGCCGUCGAGAAGCUUCGCGCGCUCAAGGCCGAUCGCGGCAUGUACAACCCUUUCCCUGCCCAUAACCCCAAGAAGGAGGAGGCUACCAAGGAGGAGGUCAAGGCUUAAAGCUCCAGCUCAAGUUAGGGAGUACAUGAAGCAAAAGAAAUAAAAACAAAGUUAAGUUUAAAAGUUCAUGUUGGCAGCAAGGGGGCGGCGUAGGCAGGAGUAUGGGUUAUAGUCAUCUAGAAUAUGCUUGUUACAGAACGGUAGAGAAAGAGGCGAAUAUUUCUGUUAAAUCUUAUACUAAGGAGCCUUUGAUAUUCUUUGGAAAUG